UCUUUUUGCUUCUCCACAUAUCCAGCAGCAGGAAGGGCUGCUCGGUGUAAAAAUAUUAUAUAUAGAAAUAUUUAACAACCAAGUGAUUUACAUACCUGGGGACAAAUAGAAGAGACAGACACCUAUUUUUAAUAUCCUGAAGAUCUGAGCUUGUGCUUAUAGCAAAGGGGGAGGAUUUACACCUGGGGGGGGGGGGGAAAGAAAAAUAUAAUUCACCCAGGGGAAAAAAGGGGAGAAGAAACACCACCGGUGGGGAAUUAAACGCUGGAGCUUCGCACACGGGGAAAUCAAACCGAAAGGAAAUCCGGUUCACCCUGGAGGAAAACAGACUUUAUCCCGCGGGAGGGAAAAGAGGAGAGAAGAAAAAUCUCUAAUCUACCCAAGGGAGGAAAAGAAGCGAGAAAUCGAGCAAGAGGAAAUUUACACCGUGGCACCGAGGGGAGGACAUCAGCCGGAGGAAAAGGGAGCGAGCAGGAAUUAAGAGAGCGAAAGGAGGGGGAGACCGAAGCCGCCGCCUUACCUCGGCUCCAUUUGUUACCUUCGCAAUAUCGUUUCUGCUUUAAUUUCCUGGGAGAAGGAGGAAGGAACAGCAGCGGAGAGAGGGGAAAAAAAGGGAGGCCGAAGAGGACGGUCGGCGUGUGAGGGGACGGCGGCCUGGUCGAGGCGGGGAGCGGGCCCGCUCUAUGCCCCAUUGAUCGACUGACCGGCGACCGGGGCCCGACAGCCGAGCAGUCGGCGAGGCGAAAAGCCACCUCGGGCGGAGCCAGGCCAGCGGAGAGCAGAAGCCGGCGGCGGCGGCGGGCCCAUUGGAUCUGGCGGAGGCCGAGCGGGAUUAUUACUUAAUUGACAUUUAAUUUGCCCCGGGUGUUUUUUUUCUCUCUCUUCCCCCUCACACACUCUCUCGCCCUCCAUCUUAUUCUUUGGGCGGACUCGCAGGCCCCGGCGCUCGCUGCUGGUGUCUGGGGGCGACGGGGAGGGUGGCAGGAGGAGGGGGGCCCGGCGCUCGCUGCUCUCCGCUCUCCCACAUCCACCCACGCCUCCCUCGGGGCUGGAGUGAAAGGCCCGGCGCUGACGGGUCGGUCGGGGCCUGGCGCUAAGGAGAGGAGGAGGAGGAGGAGGAGGAGGGGGGCCCCCGGUGUUGUCGCUCGCCCGCCCCGCGUUGUGCUGCCGGCGCUGAAGGGUGGCUGUGCCGCGGGGGCCCGGCGGUUGCUGCUGGCCGCUCAUCUCGCGGAUGACCAUGGGCUGCUUGGGGAACAGCAAGACCGAGGACCAGAGGAACGAGGAGAAGGCGCAGCGCGAAGCCAACAAGAAGAUCGAGAAGCAGCUGCAGAAGGACAAGCAGAUCUACCGGGCCACGCACCGCCUGCUGCUGCUCGGAGCUGGUGAAUCUGGUAAAAGCACCAUCGUCAAGCAGAUGCGAAUUUUACACGUCAAUGGAUUUCAUGCUGAUGAGAAAAAACGGAAAAUUCAAGAUAUUAAAAAUAAUAUUAAAGAAGCUAUAGAGACAAUAGUGGGUGCAAUGAAUACAUUGGUUCCACCAGUCCCGUUAGCCAAUCCUGAGAACCAAUUUCGGUUGGAGUACAUUCUAAACUUAGCAAAUCAGAAAAACUUUGAAUUUACACCGGAGUUCUAUGAACAUACAACUAUCCUCUGGCAGGAUGAAGGCGUGAAAGCAUGCUAUGAAAGGUCAAAUGAGUAUCAACUUAUUGACUGUGCACACUACUUUCUAGACAGGAUUGACAUAGUCAAACAAAGUGACUACAUACCUCCAGACCAGGACCUUCUACGAUGCAGAGUAUUGACAUCGGGAAUUUUUGAAACCAGGUUUCAAGUUGAAAAAGUAAACUUUCACAUGUUUGAUGUUGGAGGGCAACGUGACGAGCGCAGGAAAUGGAUUCAGUGCUUCAAUGAUGUCACUGCUAUCAUAUUUGUGGUGGCUAGCAGUAGCUACAACAUGGUUAUCAGAGAGGACAAUCAGACCAAUCGCCUCCAAGAAGCGCUCAAUCUGUUCAAAAGCAUCUGGAACAACAGGUGGCUGCGGACCAUUUCUGUAAUUCUCUUCCUCAAUAAGCAGGAUUUGCUGGCAGAGAAAGUGCUGGCAGGGAAAUCUAAAAUAGAGGAUUACUUUCCUGAGUUUGCUCGCUACACUACGCCAGAUGAUGCCUCACCAGAACCUGAUGAAGAUCCAAGGGUCACAAGGGCCAAGUACUUCAUAAGAGAUGAGUUCCUGACGCUGCUGACCCGUUGGGAGUUUCCAGCAAUUUCUGUUUUUAUCUCAAGUUUAAUAUAUGAAAAUUUAAGCCGCCACAUAUCUCGGAAACGUGGCAAGAGGGCUGGGCUGCAGAUGAAGCUGAAACAACAUGGACACAAGAACCCCCUCCCCAGAAUACUACUAGCUAACGUCCAGUCCAUUGAGAGCAAAGUUGAUGAACUAAGGGUAAGACUGACCUACCAAAGAGAACUGAGGGACUGUUGUGUGCUCUGUCUCACUGAAACGUGCCUUACACCUGCUUCACCUGACUGUGCUAUUCAACCUGAGGGCUCCUCAAUUCAUUGAAUGGACUGUACAGAGUCCUCAGGCAAAGUUAAAGGCAGAGGGGUCUGCUUCUCAAUCAAUAACUUGUGGUGCUCGGACGUGAUUGUCCUGGGGAGCUCCUGCUCACCCAGCCUGGAAUAUCUAAUGGUGAAGUGCCGACCAUUCUAUCUGCCAAAGGAGUUCACUUCAGCUAUCCUGAUGGCAGUCUACAACCCACCACGAUGGACAUGAAGCCUGCACUCAAUGAGCUAUACUCCGUGGUCAACAACCUUGAGACAGGAUACCCUGAGGCCCUCAUCAUUGUCACAGGUGACUUUAACCAGGCCAAUCUCAAGAGUGUGUUACCAAAAUACUAUCAGCACAUCUCCUGCUCCACCAGGGGUGAUAACACCCUUGACCACUGCUAUACAACCAUCAAAGAUGCCUUCUGAGCCACCACCUGUCUUCACUUUUGGAAAUCAGACCACCGGGCUGUGCUCCUUCUCCUUGCAUACAAACAGAAACUGAAACAGGAGGAUCUGGUACAGAGAGUCGUGAAGUGCUGGUCUGAGGAAGCAGAUGAGCUCUUACGUGACUGCUUUGAGACAGUGGACUGGUGCAUGUUCAAAGACUCAGCUGCCAGCCUAGAUGAGUAUGCCACCACCAUCACAGACUUUAUCAGCAAGUGUGUGGAGGACUGUGUACCAAAGAGGACAAUACGGGUGUUCCCAAACAGGAAACCAUGGAUGAACCGGGAGAUCCACUCCCUACUGAAGUUGAGGACUGUUGCACACAAAUCUGGUGAUCCUGAUCUGUUCAAGAAAUCGAGAUAUGACCUUCGGGAAGCUAUCAGGGAUGCCAAGAGGCAAUACCAACUCAAAAUAGAGUCCCAGACCAGCCGUCAGUUAUGGCAGGGCUUACAUGCCAUAACAGGCUACAUGACGAAGACGGGCUACAUAGCUAACAACAGCACAUCCCUUCCUGAUAAGCUGAACACGUUUUGAACAGAAGGGAAGUGGAUUGUCACCACCCACCCUGACAGUCUCUGAUGCAACUGAACCCAUGGUCACCGUUGAGGACGUAAGAUCAGUCUUCUGGAGAGUGAACACAAGGAAGGCAUCUGGCCCAGAUGGUGUCCCUGGCCGAGUGCUCAGAUCUUGUGCUGAUCAGCUGGCAGAAUUAUUUGCAGACAUAUUUCACCUCUCCCUACUUCAAUCUCAGGUUCCCACCUGUUUUAAGAAGACCACUAUCAUUCCGAUAUCGAAGGAAAACAAGGUAACGUGCCUCAACGACUACCGACCAGUGACUCUGACAUCCACCAUCAUGAAGUGCUUUGAGAGGUUGGUCAUGGCACUCAUCAACUCCAGCCUACCAGACAGCCUGGACCUAUUGCAAUUCACCUAUCAGUGAAACAGGUCUACAGCGGAUGCCAUCUCCCUGGCCCUACCCUCAGCUCAAGAGCAUCUGGACAGUAAAGACACAUACGUUAGACUAUUGUUUAUUGACUAUAGCUCUGCCUUCAAUACUAUAAUCCCAAGCAAGCUUGUCACCAAACUUGGAGACCUAGGACUCAACACCUCCCUCUGUAACUGGAUCCUUGACUUCCUAACAAACAGACCGCAAUCAGUGAUAGGCAGCAAUACCUCCAGCAUGAUUAUCCUCAACACUGGUGCCCCACAAGGCUGCGUCCUCAGCCCUCUACUCUACUCCCUAUACACUCAUGACAGUGUGGCCAGAUUCUGCUCUAACUCCAUCUACAAGUUUGCAGAUGAUACCACCGUUGUAGGCCGUGUCUCAAACAGUAAUGAGUCAGAGUACAGGAAGGAGAAAGAGAGCUUAGUGACAUGGUGUCAUGACAACAACCUUUCCUUCAAUGUCAACAAAACAAAAGAGCUGGUCAUUGACUUCAGGAAAGGGGGCGGUGUACAUGCACCUGUCUACGUCAAUGGUGCAGAGUUCAAGAGGGCUGAGAGCUUCAAGUUCCUGGGAGUGAAUCUCACCAAAAGCCUGUCCUGGUCAAAUUACGUAGAUGCCGCUGCCAAGAAAGCUCACCAGCGUCUCUAAUUCCUCAGGAGGCUAAAGAAAUUCGGUUUGUCCCCUUUAACACGCACCAACUUUUAUCGAUGCACCAUAGAAAGCAUCCUAUAUGGAUGCAUCACAUCUUGGUAUGGCAACUGUUCUGCCCAGGACCACAAGAAACUGCAGAGAGUUGUGGACACAGCCCAGCGCAUCACAGACACCAGCCUCCCCACCUUGGACUCUGUCUUGGUGAAGCAGCUAGCAUAAUCAAAGACCCCACCCACCCGGGUCAUUCUCUCUUCUCUCCUCUUCCAUCAGGUAGAAGAUACAGGAGCCUGAGGGCACGUACCACCAGACUUAAAGACAGCUUCUACCCCACUGUGAUAAGACUAUUGAACCAUUCCCUUGUACGAUGAGAUGGACUCUUACCUCACGAUCUACCUUGUUGUGACCUUACACCUUAUUGUCUACCUGCACUGCAAUUUCUCUGUAGCCGUGACACUUUACUCUGUACUGUUAUUGUUUUUACCUGUACUACCUCAAUGCACUCUGUACUAACCUAAUGUAAAUACACUGUGUAAUGAAUGGACCAGUACGAUCAGUACGUAAGACAAGUUUUUCACUGUACUUCGAACGAGUGACAAUAGUAAACCAAUACCAAU